UAUUAUCUUCAUUAAUCGUGAAUAGUUUGUAUGGUCUAAUUAAUUAACUGUUAUAGCGAAUUUUUGUUUUGUAAAGCGAAUUCCGACGGUUAAUGAGAAUUAUUUUAAUCUACAGCAUUGAGUAGGCUGUUAUUUAAGGUAGUACAGAGCCAAUUGUAGGAAUCCGUUUAUUUAAGAGAGACGUAAAAAUGAAGAUUAAUAAAGACGUCAGGCUUCUUAUGAAGCCUUAUUACUACAUCAAUAUUUUACUCAGUGCAUCUUAUAUUGCUGCCAAAAAGUUACCCUUCUUGUGCCAAUACACAUUUCCACGAUCAGAGUCACAGUGUGAAUUCGAUUCGAGAGAAUCAGAAAUCCUAUUCUUCCUCAUGAUUGUUGUCAUGAUACGAACACGGAAGGCUGGAAGUGUCACAAUGAUCAAUUAUCUGUCUUCAAGUUUCAUGUACACCAAAGUCGCAAAUUUAAUACUGUGGUUUUAUGCUGACAUUAGGAUGGGAAUAUUUUUUGGGAUACUUUUGAUAUUGGUUGGCCUUUUAUUGCCAGAACCUGCUUACAAAGGGCCAGAAAACGUAGUGUAUUUCCGAACAGCUCAAGGAGUUGAAGACGAGAUCAUGAGGAACAAGAAGAUCUGCUGGCUAGUGACGUUUUACACUGCUUGGAACCCUGCUUGUGUCAACUUCGCUCCAGUCUUCUCCCAGCUCUCCGUAGAAUACCAUCUAGAGAACCUGAAUUUUGGCAAGAUUGACAUCGGACGUUACCCAGAUGCGGGUAAAAAGUAUUAUGUAAAUGACUCGCCCAUGAGCAGACAGCUUCCUACAGUGAUUCUAUUUAAAGAGGGCAAAGAAGUUAUGAGGAGACCAAUGAUUGAUGCUAAAGGAAAGCUUCAGAAGUUCUUCUUCUCUGAGGACAAUGUAAAAGCCGCAUUUGAUUUGAAUAAUCUCUACAAUGAGUGCAAAAACAAUCCAUUGAAGAAAAAGAAGGAAUUGACAGACCAUCAGAAGAGUGAAUAAAGUCCCUUUACCAAAUACGGUAGUCCUUUAAGUCAAUUUGGUAUAUUAGUGUUACCUACCAAGAAAGUUUUAAUGAGAAAUAACGUUGAUUUAUCUUAAACAUUAGAUUUGACUGUCCCAGGUUUGAGAAAUGUAAAUUAUACAUUUUGUCCUCAACUAAACAAACACAUAUUUGUGUUUAUGGAUGUUAAUCAGAUUGGUCAAAGUACACUGUCAACAUAAAUGUUCCUUGAAUAUUAAUUAAUUGUUUGUUGAAUCUGUGGAGGUGUUAUGCUAUGUGUAACUUUAUUAUAGUAGCAUUUAUGCUACAUAUUGCGUGAAAUUAUUCUUUCAGUUAAAAGUGAAAGGAUUGCUUGAUAACAAAAUUGUCAAACAUAAAAUUUUAUUAGUUUACACCUUAAAUUUAUUAAAAUUUAAACUUUUAUCUGAGUAGUUUAUAAUUUUCUGACUACAAACAGGGGUUGGACAAUAGGCCUGACUGAAGUAAAAACAGUUGUCGCUCAAAGUGACUGAUUUUCAAAUGAGAACUGUAGUUACGGUCACCAAGAGUGCCUCAAGUUCAAUUUCAUAAAUUUAGGAGAGGGGAGAGAUUAAGAGAGAGUUUGAAGGAUGACAGAGGGUAGCCAGUUAGAGAGUUAACUUUGUCCCGUUACUAAAUUUUAAAUCUUCAAUGAUCUGCUUUUGAUAUCAUAAUUACAGCCUUGAGACUUCUACGUUGACGUGAUUUUGAGUAUCAAACUAAUAAUGUUUCACCUAAAUUAAUCUAAAGUCAUAGGUAGUAUUUCAAAUCUACUGUGAACUUGACACAAAAAUCAUUAUGGAUGUGGAAAUACUACGUCAGAAUCUCUUAACUGUCUUAUUGGCCCCCUCUAAUUCAACGCUAGUAACAUGUUUUCCCUGCAAAAUACCUCGUCCAUACCUCCCCUAUUUGUAGAGCAAAUCUCUCUCUCUCUCUCUCUUUCCCCCUCUCCCACACAUUAGUAUUGAGUAAGUGAGCCGAUACUCCAUAGCAAUGCAAAUAGGAUGGACCAGACCUAUCAUCCAAUUCCCAUAAAAAAAAGUAAUUUUUUCAGAUCAAGCAGUUAUUUUUUUCAAGUGCACAAAGUUGUAUUAGUAGUUAAUGUAUCUGAUAGUUUUAUUUGCACAUCAAACAGUGUGUUCAUUUGCUUUUUUUAAGUCGAGUCAGUGGCAUUUUUAGUAUUAAGAACACUUUUAGGAAUACUAGUGCUUGUUAGUCAUGAGCUAUACAGGGCGAAAGAUUUAGUACCUUAUUAGCUUGAGCUGCCAUAAGUCAUUAAUUUUAGUUAGUAUUGUUUUGUUAGUGAAAUAUUUAUUUUUUGUUUUAUUUUUAUAAAAAUUUUUUAUUAGAUUUUAUAUUAGUUCUGAGCCAUCAGGUUAUUUGUUAUACAAACAUGGUAAAUUGUAGCUUGUGUAUGAAUCAGAAGUUAAUACGUUCAAAACCAAUAUUGUGUGGACAGAUUUAACUGUUCUAUCAAAAUACAAAAUUAAAUAUAAAAAUAUAGGCCUAGAAUCAGUUGUUCAAACUCAAUGUUUUUAUUAUUUUUUUAGAUUUUAUUAAAUCUAAUAAUAAAUGCUCUUAAUAUGAAUGCUAGCAUUUAUUUGCACUCUUACAUUACUUUAUUAAUGUGAGUUAUUUUUAUGCUAGUUUACCCUUAGUUUACUUCAGACAAAAGCUGACACUACCAAUAAUCUAUUUGAUUUGUUUUACAUUAUGUUAACCAUGAAACACGUUUGGUUUGUUUUAUAAAUGUAGCUAGUUGAGUUGAGAUGUGUUAAUCUUAGUUUUAGAUACAUAAAGAUUUUGAAGAAAUGCUGUUCUCAAAUUUUAUUGAUAGAUAUCUAAUACAAAAAACUCUGUUAUUGUGAAUAUUAAAGGUUUAAAUACAUCAAGUGUUUUUGUACAAGCAAUGAAAACAAACCCUUUAAGAAGCGCAAUGCCUUUGUAAAAAAUUCAGUCUGGAAAUAUUAGAAUUUUCGAUAUUUCCCACGGCGGCCGCUAAGUAGACUAUCGCGAGCGUGCGGCCAAGUCAGCUGACUGAGUGAGAGAGAGUGAGACAAAGAAUCUGCUUAGAAAGAGAAAGAGAGAAAGAGUAAAAUUCCUAUCUGACUAUUUUCCAUUUUAGUAUUUCGCUUCUUAAAGGGUUUGUAUUCAUUGGUACAAAUCCCUGGCGCAUGCCGGGAUAUUAUUGAUUGUAACAGAUCUCACAGCUGAUUUUAAAUUUAGAACCUUAAGAGGGUUCUACCCGGCAGCCUGAAUUUCAAUUCAAGAUGGCGGAUAAUGCGGAUUAAAAUAUAGUUAGGCAUUGAACAUGCCUCUAUUUAUUGUACAAGCUCUCAACAUUCUAAAACUAAUUUGUUUUCAAUGAUUGUGUGCUUUUAGUGUUCUUAACAUAUCAGAGCUUGCAAUGGAUAGAAAAAAUUAAAUUUUGAACUAUUAAGUUAUUUAAAAGUUAAAGUUCCAUGUAAAAAAGACCAAUUUACGGAUUUUCAAAAUGAUUUUAUAAAUACUUAAAAAAACAAUUACGAAGUUUCAGUUCAUCCAGUGCAUAGUUUGGAUCUUUCUGAAUAUUUUAUAGUGAUCAUAAAAUAUUCAUUACCUUUAAGAACCUCUUGGCUUUAUUAAAGUAUUUAUUGAGUUGAAAUAACCUGUUUAUCAUAACUCGAUAAAUACUUUAAUAAAUCCACGAGGUUCUUUUUUGUAGGACCAUGUUUACGUGGAUGGAACCCUCUUAAAAUAAAUGCAAAUAUGUAACAACUAAUACUGUUAAAUGCUGCUGUAAAAUCAAGGUUUUUUUAGUUUUUGAAACAGAUCAAUUAACCAAACAUAGUCUCUAUUAAGAUAAGCUGUGGCCUUGGGUGAAAGGGUUGGGAAGCCACUACAUUAAUAUUAUCCAUAAGUAUAUUGGUGAAUAUACAAAUUAAGAGUCUAUUUAGUCUUUCCAUCAUCGGAAGCCUACUGGACCAAAUUAGCUGAGGUUGUUCAAAAUAGGAUAAUUUUAGGUAUCCAAGAUUAACAAAGCUCCAUUUCAUUUCAAUCUCAAUCUAGGGCUCUACCAUCAAGGCUUUAAAGAUUUCUGGUGGAGUUUUUGGGAGAAAAAUUUAUUGAAAUAAAAAAAGGAAAUGCAAUCUUAUCAUUAGCUUCAGAAGUUUCCUGGUAACUCUGACCUUCUACCUAUAUAUAUAAAAUCAAUAUAAAAUUUGUAAAAAAAAGUGUUAUCUUCUUAAAUUAGUUUGUGUUGAGAAUGUAUUAUUAAGCUGUUGUAGAGAUUGAAAGCUUUGUUAUGUAUAACCACAGAAAAGUAACAAGUAUAAACUCUUUAUUACUCCUCUGUGGUAUAACUCAUAUUUUUACCCUUUUGAGUUACAUAUUGUUUGUUGUAAUUUUUCUUGUUAUUUAUCUAUGUUUUCAUAUCCAAUUGAUUCUUGGAAAGUGAUUGUAAGACAUUAAAUGAUUGUGACAGGUCC